AUGGACAACAAUGACGACGGAUGUGAACGGCUCGUAGAACACCUUCGUGACUGCACGAAGAAGUCUCAGAGUUCUAGAACUACCAAGAGACGCCUGCCUCCGGAAACUCUAGAGCUGGUGCGUCAGCGUGGAGCUGCACGGGCCGCAGGCAACCAAGAACUCACAUCUGAGCUCACAACGCUUUGCAGAGAGGCAAUAGGGCGAAUUCUCAAAGGGAGAAGAGCACAAGUACUGGCUGAAGCUGCAGAGGCGGGAAAGAGCAUCCGCUAUGCCCGUCGAAACUUCGCCAAUCGCAAGACAAAGAUGACAGCCCUUCAGAACAAGAAGGGAACAACCAUUGUAUCGAGAAGGGGAAUAGAGAAAGUCAUCUACGACCUCUACUCUAAUCUUUUCGACAGCCAUGUCCACUUGUCUCCUCACCAUCGGAGGGAAAAUGGACAUGUCAUUCGAGAGGUUCUCCCGUCCGAAGUACGACAUGGUAUCAUAUCGGUAGGAAAUCGUGCGGCACCCGGUCCCGACAGAAUAAGACCCUAA